AUGUACACUUCUGUCACCUCCUUCCUCCUCCUGCUAGCCAUGGCUAUUGCUUCUUGCACCUCCUGCCUCCGAGAUCCGAACCCAGUUCAGCUCGCCCUAAAUGGCGUUCUUCAAGCCACCAAUGUGGUCCGUACCUCUAUGGACCUGGUACAUGGGUUGACAAGCUCCGAAUCGGAUUCUGCUGGCCAUGAUGUGGUUCUGAUGGACUGUGAAAGACUAUAUGAUGAGAGUGUGCCGAGGCUCACUGAGUUGAUCUCCGGUGAGGGUAAUUAUACCAGAGAAGAUGCUCGGACAUGGCUCAGUGGUGUGCUUGCCAACCAUAGGAGUUGUUGGGAUGGCUUGGAGGAGAAGGGUUUUCUUAAGAAUACUAGUGGUGCUCAUCAUUAUAGGGCGGUGACACAAAACUUGACCAUGGUGCUUGAUGAAGCUCUUGCUUUGUAUGGGAAGAGUACUAUGACUACUGAUGAGGCAAUGAGUAAGUAUCCAAAUGGAGGGCUUUUAGCAUCAUGGAGUCCAGCAACAUCCAGGGCUGACUUCGUGGUUGCAAAAGAUGGUUCAGGCACUCACACAACACUUAACCAAGCCGUGGCUGCACUUGCUAGAAUGGGUCACAGACGACCUCCAAGAGCCAUAAUCUAUGUGAAAUCCGGCGUCUACAAUGAGAAGGUGGAGAUUGGUGGACAUAUGAAGAAUGUGAUGCUUGUUGGGGAUGGCAUGGACCGAACUGUAAUCACUGGUAGCCGCAGUGUCGUGGACGGUGACAGCACUUUGACCUCAGCCACAUUCGGUGUCUCCGGGGAUGGUUUCUGGGCGAGGGACAUAACGUUUGAGAAUACGGCCGGUCCACAAAAGCACCAAGCAGUGGCAUUGAGGGUCAGCUCUGACCUGGCAGUGUUUUACCGAUGCAGCAUUAAGGGGUACCAAGACACUCUCUACACCCAUUCCCUAAGGCAAUUCUACCGUGACUGUCACAUAUAUGGCACAAUCGAUUUCAUCUUCGGUGACGCCCCCGUCGUGCUACAAAAUUGCGACAUUCUUGUGAGGAGGCCAAUGGGGCACCAAUCCAACAUGAUCACUGCCCAAGGACGCGACAACCCGGGAGAGAACACGGGCAUUGUUAUUCAAGGUUGUCGCGUUAGACCUGCGAGGGAGUUUGAGGGGGUUAAGGGUUCGUAUAGGACUUACCUUGGUCGGCCGUGGCAGAGAUACUCGAGGACUCUGUUCUUGAAGACAGAUUUGGAUGGUUUGGUUGAUCCAAAGGGGUGGACGGAAUGGAGAGGUAGUUUUGCACUUUCAACACUGUAUUAUGGGGAGUACAUGGAUGUAGGGGUGGGUGCUUCAACUGACAAGAGGGUUAGAUGGCCUGGUUUUCAUGUGCUUAAUAGUCCACAGGAGGUCAGCCCUUUCACAGUUAGUCGUUUCAUUCAAGGAGAGUCAUGGAUCCUAGGCACUGGUGUGCCAGUUUGGCUUGGAAUAUAA